AUGCGUAGAACGGAGGGCUACCGUACGACCCGCGAGCCUGCGACCUACAGGCUGUGUGACCCUUAUGACACUUAUGUUGGGGCACCCCUGGAAUACCUCGAGGGGCAGCAGGACAAGUGUGACUUGUUCCGUUCGGCCGCCGAAGCAGGGCGAUACGACAUUCUCAAGUUAUACAGUGCCAAAGGGAAUCUCGUGAACGUGUCACCUCGACUGGAACCAAACACCCCGGAUCAACGAUACAAGUUGGAUGUCGUGGCGGCUUAUUGCAACGCGGAGCAUUAUUUCCUCCGCACCCGGGUAUUGUCAUCGAUCCGUGUGGGAAUCCCCGUGACGACCCACAGUACAUCGGACGGAGAUGCCUCCAUGCAGUUAGACAUGAUUAUGCUUUCUUUCCUCCUUUUCCUCUUCCCCGCCCACUGCGACCAGUCUCUAGCUUGUACCUAA